CGGCCGUAAAGUGAGAGCUCUCCCGUUGCCUGAGGCAAAGCUCUCCAUUUUACGGCACGAUGGCGAUCUCCAGGGCGACGGCCCUGAUAACGCGGUACCUUCGGGCCGGCUGCACGCCGAGCGGGGUCCGGUCUUGGCGUCGGCUACUGCUAUCGCCGCUGCGGGAACCGGGCCAUGGCGCUGUCCCCAACAGAUCCGCGUUGGGGCUUGGGGGGCAGUCGCUGGUGCGAAGCGUCUGUCAGGCCCCGGCGCCCGCUCGUGGGUCACUGCACAUCCGGCCUCCCACCGCCGGGGGCCGAUGGCUGCGGGUCUCCGAGCUGCACAUCCGGCCUCCCACCGCCGGGGGCCGCUGGCUACAGGCCUCCGAGCUGCACAUCCGGCCUCCCACCGCCGGGGGCCGCUGGCUACAGGCCUCCGAGCUGCACAUCCGGCCUCCCACCGCCGGGGGCCGCUGGCUACAGGCCUCCGAGCUGCACAUCCGGCCUCCCACCGCCGGGGGCCGCAGGCUGCGGGUCUCCGAGCUGCAGCUCCGCAGUGCGGCCACAUGGUGGAGCUUCGAGCCACUGCCCUGGCUGCAGUUGGAGGCUGUGGCCACGGGGAGGCGAUCACAGCAAGGCGAGGAUCAGGGAGAAUGGGCACUGGGAGCACUGGGCAGCUUCUGCACCCUGGCAGCUGCCCUGGUUUAUUGCUACAGCAGAUCAUCAGAGUCAGAUGGUCACUUGCUGCUUGAAGCCGCCCGUUUGAACAAUGCACCCGAGGUCAGCAGGUUGCUGGCCUCUGGUGUCUCCGCCUCUCAUCGGCACAAACUGGGUUGGACCCCACUGAUGGUUGCAGCAAUGAACAAGAACCACAGUGUGAUGAAGAUUCUGUUAGCAGCUGGAGCAGAUCCGAACCUCGGAGAUGGAUUCAGCAAUGUGUAUGAGACAUCCAGGGAGAAACGCAUCCACUCUCUCGAGGUGCUAGUGACCAGAGAGGAUGAGUUCAGUAACCGGUUGAAUACACGUGCCAGUUUCCGUGGCUGCACCGCACUGCACUAUGCCGUCCUGGCUGACGACUACCAGACAAUCCAGUUGCUGCUUGAGGCUGGUGCUAAUCCUUUACUGCGGAACGAAAUGGGACACACACCAGUGGACUAUGCCAGAGAAGGACAGAUUAAAACACUACUGAAGGAGGCUGAGGUGAAGUACCAGGAAGAGCAAAGGAAGCGAGAGGCAGAGGAACGUAGACGGUUUCCUUUGGAGCAGAGACUGAAGGAACAUAUCAUUGGCCAGGAGACAGCCAUCGCAACUGUUGCAGCAGCCAUCCGAAGAAAGGAGAAUGGUUGGGCAGAUGAAGAGCACCCGUUAGUCUUCCUCUUCCUUGGAUCGUCUGGAAUUGGUAAAACUGAGCUGGCCAAACAGAUUGCAAAGUACAUGCACAAUGAUGUCAAAAAGAAAUUCAUAAGGCUGGACAUGUCGGAAUUCCAGGAAAAGCAUGAAGUUGCAAAGUUUAUUGGUUCGCCCCCUGGUUAUGUUGGACAUGAGGAAGGUGGUCAGCUCACUAAGAAACUGAAACAGAGUCCGAACGGGGUGGUUUUGUUUGACGAGGUGGAUAAAGCUCAUCCUGAUGUCCUGACCGUUAUGUUGCAACUCUUCGAUGAGGGAAGACUAACAGAUGGCAAAGGAAAGACCAUCGAGUGUAAGGAUGCAAUCUUCAUCAUGACCUCCAAUGUAGCCAGUGAGGAAAUAGCAGAGCAUGCCCUGCAGCUCAGACAGGAAGCUCAGGAGCUGGGCAAGAAACGCCUAGCUGAGAAUCUAGAUGAUGUGAUUCUGAGUGAGAAAGUGACCAUCUCCAAGCAAUUUAAAGAAAAUGUGAUCAGACCCAUUCUAAAGGCCCAUUUCCGGAGGGAUGAGUUUCUGGGCAGAAUCAAUGAGAUUGUUUACUUCCUUCCGUUUUGUCACUCGGAACUGAUUCAGCUGGUCAACAAGGAGUUAAUGUUUUGGGCCAAGAAGGCCAAACAACGACACAAUAUCAACCUGCAGUGGGACCGGGAGGUGAUGGAUGUAUUGGCGGAAGGAUACAAUUUGCACUACGGAGCGAGAUCCAUCAAGCACGAGGUGGAGCGCCGUGUUGUGAACCAGCUGGCAGCUGCCUAUGAGCAGGAGCUUCUACCAAGUGGCUGCACACUCCGCAUCGCGGUGGAAGGUUCAGGUGUGGGCACAGGGAGGGAGCAAGACCCGGAACACGGAGAGCUGGACUCCAAGGGAGCAAAGAUCAGGCUCGAGAUCGUGGAGAAGGACAAUAAGUCGCGCAAGCUCAACAUCAGGGUUCCGCUGAAAGGAGACGAAGUGGCCCACAGGUUUUAGCACUCACCACAUAGGACCUAAACCUUAGCCAAGACUGACUCGCGCCAAACUGACAAUAGCACGCCUCCUCCUCCUCCUCUUCCCUUCCUCCGGUCUCUCUAUCCCUUCACUGAAUUGUGCCUGUCACCUCCACCCCUCUCCCUCAGCAUCCGUUGUACUGUGGUAUGGGGUCUACAGGUUUAUUUUGAGUAUACCUUCCCCUCCCUGCCCACCACACAACAGCAAGUGCACCUUCCAGAGCAACUAGUCCAUGGGGGCUGAAAGGCCUCCUUCUCUUCCUGUGCAGCAUUUGUGAGGGGCUGAAUAGCCUCCAAUUCCUGGAAUUGUCAGAGAGCAUUCAUGAUCGUUAUUUAUUUUCCCCUUUUGUGAGUGAUCCAGGGUUAAUGCAACUCAUUAUAACUCAACAUGGACAACGGGAAUUGGAAUGAGAAAACUGCAGCAUGAGUUACAAUAUCUCACCGAAAGAGAGAUACCUUGAAUCACUUUGUCUGUGUACAGCUGGAUGGUGGCAAGCAGAUGCCUUUUUUUUCUGAUUUGUCAAAUUAUAACUUGGACUUCAGACAUGCAAUGAUUGCAGACUUUUAUUAUCUUACACAUCGAUGAGGCCACAGCACACUGUAACGACACACACGGACACUUUUUGAUGUGGAGUUCACUAUCACUCAUUGCGUGCAACUGGGGGAGCAACCAAAUGACACACCUUUGCCCCAUGAGCCCUGGUAACCUGCCCCGCAGAACCUAACAUCCAAAUCUAUCUUCUGUUUCUUCCUCGAUGCCCUAACCCUCUUUGAAUUUUGUAGGGCUUGAAUGAUUUGUAAAGGGCCUUGUGCAUGUCUUGCCUAUAAAAAGCAAGACACCAGAUUCCGCCAAUUACUGCCCCUUCAGUCUACUUUCGAUCAUCAGUACUAUUGAUCAGCACCUGCUCAGUGACACCUGUUUAGGUUCUGCCAGCCCCUGACCUCAUUCCAGCCUUGGUUCAAAUAUGGACAAGAGAGCUGAAUUCCAGAGGGGAGGGGAGAACGACAGCCCUUGACAUCAAGGCUGUAUUCAACCAAGUGUGGCAUCAAGGAGCCCUCGCAAAUCCGGAAUCUGUGGGUGCUGGGGGGGGACGCUCUACACUGGUCAGAGUCAUACCUGGCACAUUGGAAGAUUGUUGUGAUUGUUGGAAGUCAGUUAUUUCAGCUCCAGGAUAUCUCUGCAGGAGUUCCUCAGAGUAGUGUCCUCGACCCAACUAUCUUCAGCUGCUUCAUCAAUGACCUUCCCUGCACUAUAAGGUCAGGUGUGGAGAUGUUCACUGAUGAUUGCACAAUGUUCAGCAUCUUUUGAAAUUCUUCAAAUACAAAGCAAUCUGUGUCCACAUGGAGUAUGGCCUGGACAAUAUUCAGGUCUGGGCUAAUGAAUUCAUGAUAUACAAGUGUAACACUGACAAGACAAUAUCUAACCACCACACUUCCAUGUACAGUGAUGUUGCCAUCAUUCAAUCCCUCAUCAUUAACACCCGUACAUCAGAAACUGAACUGGACUAAUCACAUAAAUACCAUAGGGACAAGAGCAGACCAGAGACUGGGAAAUCUGUGAAUUCCAAUGCUUUUUCCCCCCAUCCACAAGUCAGGAGUGUGAUGGAAUACUCCCCGCUUGUCCGGAUGCGUGCAAUUCCAACAACGCUCAAGAAGCUAAACACCACCCAGGACAAAGCAGCCUGCUUGAUCAGCGCCCCAUCCAUCACCUCCAUCAUUCACUCCCUCCAACACCAAUGCACAGUGGCAGCAGUGAAUGCCAUUUAUAAAGUACACUGCAGCAACUGCCAAAGCUACGUACUCCACAUCCUGGGAGUUUAAUAUGGGAAUCACUGGCUUCAGGGUUGUUACUCGGAAUUAUAUCCCUGUCCCUGCAGCAGUCUGGCUAUCCACACAGCAGAUGGGCUGCAGUGGUCAAGAAGGUGGCUAACCACUGUCGUCUUGAGUGUGACUGCAGGUGGGCAAAAAAUUGUUGACGCGGCCAGCAAUGUUCACAUCAUGUGAAAUGAUUUUUGUCCUGAAUCCAGUUUGACAUUCCCUGUGCAAGUGUUGAGCGGGUGCUGCACUUCUGGAGGUGUGAUAUUUAGAUUGAGACAUCAAAGCCUCUCCGCUAACUGUCAAGAUCAGAUAACACUGUUUUGAAGGAGGGCAGGAGUGUCCUGAUCCAAUAUUGUCCAUCAGCCAAUAUCACUUAAACAUGAUUACACUGCUAUCUGUGAGAGUUUGCUGUGCACAAACUGACUGCCCAUGUUUCCCUACAUGACAACAACAACUACUGUUAAAUGUACUUAAUUUUGCUGUAAAACUUGCUGGGGAUACAGUACCAUGAAGGUUUUUUACUUCUCGCCUGUGAAUUUAAUUGUUCAACAAAAGGGGCACCAUCUCUGAGCCCAGUCGUGUCUUCAUGUUGUACCUAGUCAUACACAAUUUCCAGUUAAAGAAGUUGUUUGUAACCAGGAACACUAUGUUCUUACUACAAUAACCCAACAGUGCUGAGACCAAAUCGAGCUUCCCUUUUGGAAGGUUAUGUAGGUGCCUGCCAGGUAAUACACAGCAGCUGUGAUAAUGGGGAGUGAUUAUAAAGUGCAUUUUAAUACGGAAAAUGAUUUCAAACACUUCAAGCAUGCUUUAUGAAAACUAAAAUGGAGUCAAUGAAGCAGAUAUUUGUUGCA